CUCCGGGGGUGAUUUCAUAGAAAAGGGUGUGGUUUCGUAUGACCAUGCCCAUUUUUCACAAGUACAGAUAUCCAGUAAUAUCCAAUGCUUUUCAAUAUAUUGGAUAUUACUGGAUAUCUUUGCUUAGUAAGCAAAUCAAUGCUUUUUACGAAAGUUUUUUUCCUUAAGCAAUGCAGCUUCAAGAGACCAUGGAAAACACGAUAGCAAUUUAGCUUCAAAGGAAUAGACACAUGUGUGCCAGGGAUAAUAAGAUAAUUUGUCCACACUAUGUCAAGAUCUUUGCAAAUAAUCUAGACCUUUUAAGGACAAGAAGGAUUUUUGAAAGCGACAUCGAUGCAGAAUUGUUUAGGGGGAAGUGGUAGGGUAUGGCGAUGCCCCUCCAUCUUUAUGUCAGCUGCUUAGCAAAAUCUGUAAAUGUCCAAGCGGCAUUAGAAGUAGGGGACAAUCUCACCAGUUUAUUGAACUUUUUAACCUCCUAGUCAAAGUGAUCGCUUUGAUUGCCAUGGGCUGAGCUCAGGUUGUUUUCUCCAACAAGUCGAGCAAUGUUAGUUGUCAAAUUGUAAAAAAGUUAUCAAGGCGAGUGCGAAAAAUUGCAUGCUAGGGUCGUCAGAAAAAAAUACACAUUUGGUGGGAGUGAAUGCCAAUUCCGUUUAUUCCCAUUCAGUACUCUGUUAAACGUUCCCAAAACGCCUAAUGAUCCUCGUUCCCAAAACGAGACGUGGCGGGAAACUUUAUAAAAAAAUUAAAAUGGAAGAAAGAGAAGAUUGUGCCAAAGAAAUUAAGAGUUUCAUGUUCAGUGAUGGCCUUACGUUAGAGGAUAUACGAAAGCAGCAAGUAAAAUUUGCUGAAGAAAGAGACUGGGACCAGUUUCAUUCACCACGGAAUCUGCUGCUUGCAAUGAUUGGUGAAGUUGGUGAAUUGGCAGAGGUGUUCCAAUGGAAAGGUGAAGUCAAGGAAGGACUACCUGGUUGGACUGAGAAAGAUCUGCUGAAUGUGAGGCAUGAGCUCAGUGAUGUCCUCAUUUUGCUUGUGCGGUUGGCAGAUAAAUGCAAAGUUGACUUGGCGAAAGCUGUUGUUGAAAAGGUAAAACUUAAUGAACAAAAGUAUCCAGCUGAUAAGGUUAGAGGAUCCUCCAAGAAAUAUACUGAAUAUGAACAAGACAAAUAGCCAAU